AUGAAAAUUCAAGUUGGACGAGCAUAUCAGUCCUCCUAUGACGAAUCAAUUCUUCAAGAUCAUAAGUUUGCUGAAAUUCAGAAAAUAAAGGAGCUAACUCCUCUCAACGCAGAUAUUAGCAAACCCUUGAUCUUAGCCUAUGCGAAGCUUUAUAUACGAGAAUAA